AUGUCGUCGCGGGGGGACUCGGACGACUUCGCCCGCGGGUACGGCACGCGCGCGGGCGCCGCCUACUCCACGCGAACGCCGCCGCCGAACGACGCGGAGGCGUCGCCGUCGCGCUCGUUGGGGUCCGUGUCCUGGCGGAACACUCCCGCGGGCGUAUCCGACCUCGACACCCCGAACAGCGAGAGCGUCUUCUCGCCGCAUAAGGCGCGUUAUCCUUACACCGGUCCCCAUACGACCGCGUUCGCGCGGUGCACGCCGAUCCUUAAGGACUUUUCCCGGCGUCUCUCUCCGCCCAGGGCCCCUCGCUUUCGAUCCCCGCGCUCGACGCCUUUCGACUCCAACUGA